GGCUCAGGUGUGGUAAAGGUUGUAGGACAUGGCACAAGGCCUCAAUAGUCUUCUUUUUCCACCCCAUCUUCUCCCUAGCAAUUUGGCCGGCUUGCCACGAGUGGCCAUCGGCAUUGGCCAGUUCUUGAAGCCUCUGCCGGAGCAGGCUAAGGAUCCGUUUGAGGCGGGUGAGGCGCCGCCAGCGCGUCCUCCAGGCCGGCCUCGCCUGGGACAAGAGCGCAGGGCCUACAACAUGGCCGGACGCUUCGGUGGGCAGGAUGGCAGGCGAGCCGAGGAACAAAUACGUCUACUUCAAACGGAUUUCUCGACACCUUGCCUACCAAGGGCACAUUUCGUGUCCAUGGUGAAGGAGACCUUGGAGCAGCUCUCUCCGCCGACUGAUGACAAGGGCGGGAAGUUGGAGUUCCGGAUUUCUCCUGGUGCUUUGAAAGUCUUGCAGUCUGCUGUGGAGGCCAAAGGAGUUCAGUUCAUGGUGAAAUGCUACUUGCUGGCAUCACACGCCAAGCGAACAACGGUCACUGAGAAAGACGCCGCCACCCUUCGCAAGCUGGAAGAUUGCAAGCCUGAGUCAGCCAUUGUUUGCACCGAUGCCCCAAGCCGCGGUCUGAAGCGCAAAGCCGUGGACAUUGAGUGAGCAUUGUGAGUCGCAGUUCGACGGGGUUUCAGCCUGAGUGACUGGCACUCGUGGCGGAAAGGAUCCGUAGGAUCUUUUGAAACAGAACAGUUGGGCGCAACGUCUUGUCAGAGACAAAAAAAAA